CAAAGCAGGGUCAACUGGGAAUAAACAGCCUCCGAAUGGGAUUCCUUGGCCCGUUCCCAGGCCUUGCGCUGCAGGUUUUAUUUUUAAACAGAGAGACCAAUUCACCUCCGGGACAGUUGCUGUCGCUCGGCUGUGAUCUUCCCAAUGCAAACAGGGCAAAUACUUGGUUUAUUUGGACUCUUCGCAAAGCUCAAAGUCAAUUAGGAGUCACAGCUUAUGAGAAUAAUAAAGCAAGAUGACCAAAACGGAGGAAGAACCAGAGAGCCAGACUUCGGGGGAAUUUUAUGAGAAAUAUGAACCGAAGGAAAUAUUGGGCAGAGGUGUGAGCAGCGUUGUGCGCCGCUGCCUGCACAAAUCCACACGGGAGGAGUUUGCAGUCAAGAUCAUCGACAUCACGGCUGGGAAUCUCUCGCCAGAAGAGAUCCAGGAGUUGAGAGAAGCCACGCUCAAGGAGAUUGACAUCCUGCGCAAGGUCUCUGGGCACCCCAACAUCAUCCAGCUGAAGGACAGCUUUGAGUCGCACACCUUCUUCUUCCUGGUCUUUGAUCUAAUGAAGAAAGGGGAGCUCUUUGAUUACCUGACCGAGAAAGUCACUCUCAGUGAGAAGGAGACCAGGAAGAUCCUGCGCUCGCUGCUGGAAGUGCUGCACUUCCUGCACGGGAUGAACAUCGUCCACCGGGACCUGAAGCCGGAGAACAUCUUGCUGGACGACGACAUGAACAUCAAGCUGACUGACUUUGGUUUCUCCUGCCAAUUGCAGCAAGGCCAUACCUUAAAAGAGAUCUGUGGGACUCCUGGUUACUUGGCUCCGGAAAUACUGGAAUGUUCUAUGGAUCCGGACCAUCCUGGUUAUGGGAAGGAAGUGGACAUGUGGAGCACGGGGGUGAUCCUGUACACGCUCCUGGCGGGGUCCCCUCCUUUCUGGCACCGGAAGCAGAUGCUGAUGCUGAGGAUGAUCAUGAAAGGAGACUACAAGUUUGGAUCCCCUGAAUGGGACGACCAGUCAGACACCGUCAAAGACCUGAUUGCCCACUUCCUGGUGGUGAACCCCAAAGAACGCUACACCGUGGAGGAGGCCCUGGGCCACCCCUUCUUCCAGCAGUACGUGGUGGAGGAGGUCCGCCACUUCAGCCCCUUCCGGAAGUUCCGGGUCAUCGCCUUGACGGUCUUGGCCUCGGUCCGCAUCUACCUCAACUACCGCAAUGUGAAGCCCAUCACGCGGGAGGUUCUGCAGCACGACCCCUACGGCCUGAAGCCCGUCCGGAAGAUGAUCGACGCCUGCGCCUUCCGUCUCUAUGGCCACUGGGUCAAGAAGGGUGAGGCCCAGAACCGGGCCGCCCUCUUUGAAAACACCCCCAAGGCCAUCCUGCUUACCCUGGCCGCUGAAGAGGAGCUCUUCUGAGGGAAGGGGAGCAUCGCCAGCCCCCCAAAAUGGGUGGAAAAGCGGGGGAAAAGUGUCAGGUAGAAAAAUGCUGUAUUGGAUAGGAAUGCAUUGCAUGUACCUCCAGUGUGUGGAAAAAUACACUUCUAAAGGGCAUGUGGUCACAGCACAAUCCAUUGUCAGGAUUAAGAAGAGAUAUGAUCCCGGAGACAGCUGAGUUAUAAAGUGCCUUGUAUGUGCACUUCCUCUUUGCCACAUGCUUGCUCUCAGCCAUCUUUUGAUAUCUUUUGAUCUCUCUGCCUCUGUAAUCUAUUGCUAUCCUUGUUGUGUGCGUGUCUUGCCAUGGUUGUGAGUAUUUCUGUAUACCGAUAGCAGACCUGUAAAUAGUUGUAUGUCACUAUGACUGAAGAAUAAAUCUCCAAAGCAGUUUGGAUGAAA